CUUCAGCCUUUGCCCCAAACUCACACGCACACUUUGGGAGGGAGGGCGGCCUUGGUGGGGGGAUGUGUAUGGGGAGAGCGGGUGGGUGGUGCCUACGUGAACGCCUCUCUCCAGAUGCUCCCCUAACCCCCAAGCCCUUAUUAUCCCACAUGCAUAUUCAUAAAGGAUAGCCUCAGCCCUCUCUGUAAAUGGGUCAGAAGCAGGAAGUGGAGGCCAGUGCAGAGAGCAAGGCCCGGGGGACAGGAGGCUCAAAGCCAGAGUGCAUCUGAGUCCCCAUGGAUGGGAGGAUGAUGAGAAGUGUGAGGCUAAAAGAGGCAGAGUCACCAGGACAAGGCCACACUGCGUCCUGCCUCUGCGGCUCUGCCCCCUGCAUCCUGUGUGGCUGCUGCCCCGCCAGCCGCAACUCCACCGUGAGCCGCCUCAUCUUCACCGUCUUCCUCUUCCUGGGCGUGGUGGUGUCCAUCAUCAUGCUGAGUCCCGGUGUGGAAAGUCAGCUCUACAAGCUGCCCUGGGUGUGUGAGGAGGGGGCCGGGACCCCCGUCGUCCUGCAGGGCUACAUCGACUGUGGCUCCUUGCUUGGCUUCCGUGCUGUCUACCGCAUGUGCUUCGCUAUGGCCGCCUUUUUCUUCCUCUUCACCUUGCUCAUGAUCUGCGUGCGCAGCAGCCGGGACCCCAGGGCUGCCGUCCAGAACGGGUUUUGGUUCUUUAAGUUCCUGGUCCUUGUGGGCAUCACCGUGGGCGCCUUCUAUAUCCCUGACGGCUCCUUCUCCGACGUCUGGUUCUACUUUGGCGUCGUGGGCUCCUUCCUCUUCAUCCUCAUCCAGCUGGUGCUGCUCAUUGACUUUGCGCAUUCCUGGAACCAGCGGUGGCUGGGCAAGGCCGAGGAGCGCGACUCCCGUGCCUGGUACGCAGGCCUCUUCAUCUUCACCCUCCUCUUCUACGCGCUGUCCAUCGCGGGUGUGACGCUGCUCUUCAUCUACUACACCCGGCCCGGCGCCUGCCACGAGGGCAAGGUCUUCAUCAGCCUCAACCUCACCCUCUGCGUCUGUGUCUCCAUUGUCGCCAUCCUGCCCAAGGUCCAGAACGCCCAGCCCAACUCAGGUCUGCUGCAGGCCUCUGUCAUCAUGCUCUACACCAUAUUUGUCACCUGGUUGGCCCUGUCCAACGUCCCUGACCAGAAAUGCAACCCCCACCUGCUGGCCUCCUCCAGCAACGGGACGAGCCUGGCUGGCCCCGAGGGCUAUGAGACCCAGUGGUGGGAUGCGCCAAGCAUCGUGGGGCUCAUCGUCUUCAUCCUGUGCACCCUCUUCAUCAGCGUGCGCUCCUCGGACCACCGGCAGGUGAACAGCCUGAUGCAGACAGAAGACUGCCCGCCCAUGCUGGAGGCCGGGCAGCAGCAGGUGGCAGCCUCCGAGGGCCGGGCCUUCGACAACGAGCAGGAUGGUGUCACCUAUAGCUACUCUUUCUUCCACUUCUGCCUGGUGCUCGCCUCCCUGCACAUCAUGAUGACGCUCACCAACUGGUACAAACCUGGCGAGACCCGGAAGAUGAUCAGCACGUGGACCGCCGUGUGGGUGAAGAUCUGCGCCAGCUGGGCAGGGCUGCUCCUCUACCUGUGGACCCUGGUAGCCCCCCUCCUCCUGCCCAAUCGUGACUUCAGCUGAGGCAGCCCGCCGCAGCUUCCCCCCUGGUGCCUCAGGGCUCAGUGACAGUCAGCGGGCUGCCCUGCCCUGCCCCCUGCAGGACUUGCUGCCCAGCUGGGCCCCUCUAUUCUCAGUGCCUUCAGGGAAGAGGAGCAUCAGGCCCAGGCCUCAGCCCCACCCUCCCGCUGCCCCCAGACCAGGGCGCUGCCUCUUCCUUACCCUUGUCCCUAGUCGCCCACACUCACCCUCUUGGCAAAAAAGGGCCC